UGUUGUACAUAGAGCCGGUUUAGUGUCGUCAAUGGGAAGCACGCGAGACGGUGGCAAAGCGAGUUACGGUCUAGAUUGAAAUCCGCAGCUGCACCAUGCUCUCCACGUCUAUUCCGUGUCUGUGGAUUACGUUUUGCCUUCAUUUAUGCUGUUAUGUGGACAGCGGGGAAGCACAGAACGCGAAGGAAGUGAUUCUGCUGGACUCCAAGGCACAGCAGACAGAACUGGAGUGGAUCUCCUAUCCUCCCAAUGGGUGGGAAGAGAUCAGUGGCUUGGAUGAGAACUAUACGCCCAUCCGCACAUACCAAGUUUGCCAAGUCAUGGAGCCCAAUCAGAAUAACUGGCUUCGGACUAACUGGAUAGAGAAGGGCGAUGCCCAGAGAAUUUUUGUGGAACUGAAGUUCACCUUGAGGGAUUGUAACAGCCUACCCGGUGUGGUGGGCACAUGCAAGGAGACAUUCAACUUGUACUACCAGGAAACGGAUUCGGAGGUGGGCAGGAGCUUAAGGGAGAACCAGUAUGUGAAAAUUGACACGAUCGCUGCAGAUGAAAGCUUCACUCAGGGCGACCUGGGCGAGAGAAAGAUGAAGCUGAAUACAGAAGUGCGCAUAAUUGGCCCCCUGUCCAGGCGAGGCUUCUACCUGGCCUUCCAGGAUGUAGGGGCGUGUAUUGCCCUGGUCUCUGUCAAAGUUUAUUACAAGAAGUGUUGGUCUAUCAUCGAGAACCUGGCCACGUUCCCAGACACCGUGACGGGAUCAGAGUUCUCCUCGCUGGUGGAGGUCGAGGGCACGUGCGUGAGCGACGCUGAGGAGGAGGCCGACAACUCGCCCAAGAUGCACUGCAGCGCUGAGGGGGAAUGGCUGGUGCCCAUUGGGAAAUGUAUAUGCAAAGCUGGAUUUCAUCAGAAAGGAGACGCAUGUGAACCGUGUGGUCGUGGUUUCUACAAGUCUUCGUCCCAGGACCUGCAGUGCUCUCGGUGUCCGGCGCACAGCUUCAACGACCGCGAGGGCUCCUGGCGCUGCGACUGCGAGGACGGCUACUACCGAGCACUCUCUGACCCUGCGUCUGUGGCCUGCACAAGACCUCCCUCGGCGCCGCAGAACCUGGUCUACAACAUCAACCAGACCACCGUUAGCCUGGAGUGGAGCCCGCCAGCCGACACCGGCGGUCGCAACGAUGUCACCUACAGGGUUAUAUGCCGGCGCUGCAGCUGGGAACCCGAGGAGUGUGUACCAUGUGGGCCAAAUGUGGGAUACUCUCCCGCGCAGUCAGGAUUAGUGGACACUUAUGUGACCAUUAUGGACCUGCUCGCCCAUGCCAACUACACUUUUGAGGUGGAGGCUGUCAACGGGGUGUCGGACCUGAGCCGGACGCAGAGGCUGUUUGCGGCGGUCAGCAUUGCUACCGGUCAAGCAGCUCCGUCCCAGGUCAGCGAGGUCAUCAAGGAGAAAGUGCAGCAGCGCAGCAUCCAGCUCUCCUGGCAGGAGCCUCAGCAGCCCAACGGCGUCAUCACGGAAUACGAGAUCAAAUACUACGAAAAAGAUCAGAAGGAUCGGAUCUAUUCCACAGUGAGGUCCAAGUCCACGUCGGCGACAGUGAACAACCUGAAGCCCAACACGGCUUACAUCUUCCAGAUCAGGGCUUUCACAGAGGCAGGAUACGGCACCUACGGCCCCAGACUGGAGAUAACCACCAAGGAGGAGGCCACAGCUGCGAUUGUCUCCAGCGAGCAGAACCCCGUCAUCAUCAUCGCGGUGGUGGCCGUGGCGGGGACCAUCAUCCUGGUGUUCAUGGUGUUCGGCUUCAUCAUCGGGAGAAGGUACGCUCUCGCGGGCCCCAUUGACUCUCCGCUCCUGCACUGCGGGUACAGCAAAGCUGAUCAGGAGGGAGAUGAGGAGCUCUACUUCCAGUUCAAAUUUCCAGGCACCAAAACCUACAUUGACCCUGAAACCUACGAGGACCCAAACAGGGCUGUCCAUCAAUUUGCCAAGGAGCUGGACGCCUCCUGCAUUAAAAUCGAGCGGGUUAUUGGAGCAGGAGAGUUCGGGGAGGUGUGCAGCGGCCGGCUCAAGCUUCCCGGAAAGCGGGACGUGUCGGUCGCCAUUAAAACCCUAAAAGUGGGCUACACGGAGAAGCAGAGGCGGGACUUCCUGUGCGAAGCCAGCAUUAUGGGACAGUUCGACCAUCCCAAUGUAGUUCAUUUGGAGGGAGUCGUAACAAGAGGAAAACCGGUCAUGAUUGUCAUCGAGUACAUGGAGAACGGCUCAUUAGAUGGUUUCCUCAGGAAACACGACGGUCAGUUCACAGUCAUCCAGUUGGUGGGGAUGCUGCGGGGCAUAGCGGCGGGAAUGAGAUAUCUCUCCGAUAUGGGAUACGUCCAUCGAGAUCUGGCUGCGCGAAACAUCCUUGUCAACAGCAAUCUCGUAUGUAAAGUGUCUGACUUCGGCCUGUCAAGGGUGAUAGACGACGAUCCCGAGGCUGUCUACACAACAACUGGGAAGAUGCAGGAUAUAAUGAAUUUGAUCUUUACUCCAGCCACUGACCUGCAUUUUACUGAACAGGGCGGCAAAAUACCCGUCCGAUGGACCGCACCUGAAGCCAUCCAGUAUCGUAAAUUCACCUCUGCAAGUGAUGUGUGGAGUUAUGGCAUUGUCAUGUGGGAGGUCAUGUCCUAUGGGGAACGGCCUUACUGGGACAUGUCCAAUCAAGAUGUUAUAAAGGCUAUAGAGGAGGGCUACCGUCUUCCAGCCCCCAUGGACUGCCCACCAGGCCUGCAUCAGCUAAUGCUGGACUGCUGGCAGAAAGACAGAGCCGAACGUCCCAAAUUCGAUCAGAUAGUCGGCAUCCUUGACAAGAUGAUCCGCAACCCUAACACUUUGAAAACCCCAGUGGGAACGUGUACAAGACCAAUUAGCCCACUGUUAGAUCAGAGCACACCAGACUUCACCGCUUUCCGCUCAGUGGGAGAGUGGCUGGAAGCCAUCAAGAUGGAGCGAUACCGAGACAACUUCACAGCAGCUGGCUACAGUUCCCUGGAAUCUGUGGCCAGGAUGUCAAUCGAGGACGUGAUGAGCUUGGGAAUCACGCUGGUGGGCCAUCAGAAAAAGAUCAUGAGCAGCAUACAGACUAUGAGAGCCCAGAUGCUGCAUCUCCACGGCACAGGUGUCCAGGUGUGAUGAGCCGCUGCGAUGGACGCCGCCUUCGGACGGGGCGAAAACAACGAAAAAAACUGAUCUGGAGCAGCGCCCGGAGACAUAACCGGGAUAAUCGUCAAAUUAAACGGACGUCUGUUAUGUCUGACUCUUCCGGCUGUGUCUGGAGUGAAAUCAUUCCUUUGUUCCUCAGUGAAAGAUUGUGGUCCGCAUCUUCAGAAGGGCACUGAAGAGAGGAAAAGGGCAAAAAACCGGCAACAAAAAAAGAAACUACCUGGACAAGACAACUUGUUUUCCUUUUUUGUAGAAGCGCUUACGAGCUCAACCUACAUAUCAAACGGUGCAUUGGAAAAGGAGUUUGACGCUUAUGUUUCUUUAACUUAACGGAUGAUUUAAGUGCACACCAUGGCAAUGGAUUUUCCUUUACAAAGAACAAAAACACGACUUGUCUACUUGCGGUGGUUUUCACUUUUCUUUAUCUAAUUUUGUUAUUUUUAUGUGUGUCUGCCACAGUGACAUGUCGUGUCACGUACAAAGGUUCUUUUUUUUGCUCUUCUCUGUGGACGUGACAACAGGGUAACUCUUUUAUCCAAACGCAGAGGGAACUUUUUUAGGUUGCAGAUUUAAAAGGUACUUUUUGUGCUGAGAUGUGCUGGACUCUUUGCAGUGACUUGUGUUUUCCUUCAUGUGCUGUUGAAGUGAAAAUGGUAUCCUCACAUGCUUACCAGAGUGGGCUUUCCACAUGAUUUCGACUUUUCAGAAGUUUUUAUUGAUCAAAUUUUUCCGAUAAGUGCAACACAGAGGAGAUGCGGGAGGCAAAUUGUUCUUCGAAUCAACAGAUUUUUAUAUCAGAGUAGCAAUAUCCUUCGUCUUAGUGUUCACUACGGGAAACAGAGUUUUAGAACAAUAACUUGGUUAUUGAGUAGAAUGUUUCAGCACAGUUGAAAGAUUGUAUUGAAAUUGCAGCCUCCGCAUAUUGAUUUGCCAUCAUUUUGCCUAAAAUGUUGCACACGGUGUUUGUUUCGGUGCAUCGCUCAGCUGCAAAUACAGUUUUUAAGGGUGGAUCCAAGAAAAGAGUAGACGUAAUACUGCCUUAAAAUGUGUUUAGAUUUAGUAUUGCCGCUAUUUUAGGCACUUCAAUGGCAAUGCUUUCUGCGGCUCAUUUCAAGGGGUGGACAAGUUCCCUACUUUUUUUUUUUGUUGUUUUCCUUGUAGCGUGAUGUCUUUUUACAUGGAACUUGAACUGAUGUGCACGGACACAGUUUAAUACCACGAGUGACACAGUCGGCGAAGCGGAAGAGUUGGACUAAAAAGAGCAAUAAUUACCAGGUAGAAACGGUCCUCAACUGAGGUUUUUUUUUUUUUUAAAGGUGCUAGGUAGGAAAAUGCAUGUGUGUGCUGUGCUGAGACAAACCCUUUGGAAAGAUUCAGUCACUGCCGGAAAAGGAAAAGGAAUGUACCUCUUUGACCUACAAACGGUUUUGGAAAGUGCUCAGAAAACUGCCGUGCCAAGUCAUCAAAUGAAAUAAUCAUGUCGUCUUUUGCCACUAUGAUAUGCUAAAAGUUUGAUGGGAAUCGUACAUGGCAUGGAAAUGUUGAAUUCAGUGGCUGCAGAGAUGAAAGCGACACCAUCUGAAACACUAGAAAGGUGCCAGUUAGCCAUGCUGACGUCAUCUUCUGACACAUUGCGCCGCCCAGAAAUCAAAGAGCCCUUUUAGGGUUUGGGUAUGAAAAUGCAGGACCAAACGAUGGAGCCUGCGUCGGACGCAGACCGUGCUGUUAAAUCCCUCCGUCCCGGCUCUGCAGGCAGCCAUGCGGCUCCGCCUGUUUAUUCAUGCGUCUCCGCCGCUCAUCCCUCGCAGGCGUAGAUGUGACGGAACAUGCAUUAAAGUGUUUCUUAAGAUUGCUGUGCUUUUCUUCCAUACGGCUUUGUAUGGAGAGGACAGAGACGAGGGGGGCUUUGCAGAAGAUGUGCUAAAAGCCAAUCAACCUAUUUGGUGCCAUCUGUCUCCACUUCAAAAAAAAAAAAAAAAAUAAAUAAAUAAAUCAACAAAGAAAAAAAAAGAAAGGAAAGUUUCUAUGUUGAGUAUGUUUUAGUGCAGUAUUCUUUGAUAGAAAAUGCAGUUAUUCAACCGUCACGUAAAGAGGAAUGGUGUUCACAGUAGAAAACCAUUAUUUUCCUGCUGCUGCAACCUGAGAGACAAAUCUAUAUUUUCAAAGCUGCGGUCAUUUUAUUUAAGUUUUUUUCUUUUUUCCACCUCCAUUGCAUAGAGAAAAUCUAAUCACAUCAGGAAUCAACCUUGAGCUCACUAACAAGUAGUAAAACCAUUUGAAGCUUUCUUUAUUCUCUCUAUUGCCUCCCUAACUAUGUCCACAUCGAGCCAGAAACAUUUGAAAACGCUUUCUUUUCUCUGGUUUUAACCUCUGUCCAUGCUAAGCCACAGAAUGAAAGUAGUGGAUAAAUCAAGCAAAGAAAACAUCGAAGGCAUCUGUCUGCCUAGACACUGUCAAGGGCUGCGUUUUACUAAAGUCUGUCACCUCUGAAGGGGAGGUUAUAGUCUGAAAAUCAAUGUCUGCGCACAACUACACAAAUACAUGAUCAGCGCUUAUGGUCUGCACAUGUAGUCCACAUGCUCAUAAGUCUGGGCUGCAUUCGAACUGUCUACACAGAUCUGUGGCCUCCAUUUUUGAUCAGAAUUUGAUGUAUUUUGUCUCACUAAUGUUUUAUUUUUAAGUUUUCUCAACUAUUUGCCAAAACCGCCAAAUAGUCACCUUUAGGAAGUCAGAACUGUUGAUGUUGUAGCACUUUUGCCCACAUGUGAAACCCUGAAACCUUGCAGUUAGACAAGAUGUUGGGAAAUGACUGUUCCUACCUCACCAAGAACUAGUUUCAGCACAAAACUCCACCUAAAACCACAAAUUGCAGCUUAUAAAUUUCCAUUUGAUGUGUUGUGUUAAUUGGUGAGAUUUAGCGGGCGCAGGUAGGUGUGUUGUUGUACUUUAAACAGUGUCUUUCUGCUAAGCUGGGCUAACCACACCCUGACUGCAGCGACUCAUGAGAGUCCUAUCAAUCUUUUCAUCUAAGGCCUUGAUUAUAGUCCUGUGUGGACGCAGACAAGGACAGCUGCAGACGUGUACUUGGUGUUCUUAAGCUACUUUCUAUUCCAGUCGGAGCAUUUGUAGCGUAGUGGCUGCACGGACACUAAUUUGUGGACUUGGGCAGACGACACUUGAGUGUUUGCAGAUGUGAAACACAGGCUUAUAUCCCAGCAGCAACAUGAAUAAAUGUGCAAGACAAAUGCUCAGAUGCCUGUUUAGCAGGCAGCAUUUUUGAGCAUCCUGUUGCCCGACAACACAAAUAAGAAGAACUAAAUUGCAAGUUCUGCAUUAUGGGUUUGUUUUAGGAUUCAGUGCUUCAAUGUGGGCAGAGAUCUCUAUGAAAAGCUAUUGUGGAUGCAUGUCAUUUUCACGCAAGAUUAACAGCAUCUCUGGCUUAGCGUGGAUGCAUGCUUUAGUCCAUUUUCACUGCGCGACUCACCUUUGUGAAGAGACACCAGAAAUUAGCCCUGACCAGACCUUUUUGUCACACACACCCCCCCUUUAUCCAUACAGCAGAGCUCAGCAACUGGGCCUUGGCCAGACCUUUGAAUUGAAUACCGGCAUAAAGUCAUUCAGUCAGCACAAAACUCCCCAGUUCACAGGCAGCACUCCGUCUCUCACCCACCAACCCCACCUCCGACUCCCUGCUCUGAUUUUAAAACCAGGAGGAGGAGGGUCCUCACACCUCCAGGGUAGAUGCCUCUGUCACCCCCGCCUUUUUAUUUAUUUAUUUUUUUUCCCUGUGCUGGGGAGACAGCAGUUCGAGCCAAAUUGAGAUUAAGGCCAGGAUACAAUCGAUUCAGCAUCCAAAUCACCUGCAACCUUCACCGACAGAAUUAACUUUACUGUCUGUUUCAGCUCGCUUCAACCUCGUUCUGAACUUCAGGUUGCUCAACUCUGGACAAAAAUUGUAAAAAAAAAAAAAAAAAAAAAAAAAAAAAAAAAGGUUUUGUUGUGGUUCUGUUUCAGCAAAAAAAAAAGGAAAAAAUACACACAAAAAAAAUUAAAAAGAGAGUAAAAAGACAAAAAAUAUAUAAAUCUGCAGGAUGUAGAAUGUUGGUUGGAAUCAGGAAUAGCAGAUUAGAAGUUAUUUUUCAAAUUUUGUGGUUCAGCAGUUGGAAAUUAGAUUCACCGCUCUGGCGAGGUGGUGGAUAAUUCCAAAGAGUGCAGCACUGUCGAUUGUGUCAGAAAGAGCCGAGAUUUGAGGGGAUCUUUGCAUAUGUUCUAAUUGUACAACUUGUAAAUUUUAUUUAUAUUGUUUUUUACACAUAUUACUCAGUAGAGAGCUCUGAAUACAUUGAAAAUGCACUAUAUUUUUCUAUCUCGCAGAUGAAUUAUUGUCACCCACAAGAUUUCAGUUGUACAUAAUUUUUCAUUUAGGACCAAAGACAGCUGAUAGGAUUCCCAUCUUUAUUUUGACCUUUGUUUUGAUUUUUUUCUUUGCCUUUUAGUUUGUUGUACAGUAAUACAAAUUGUCGAUUUAUUAUUUAUUUUUCUGUGAUGAAAGUACUGAGAAUAUUCACUGGUCAAAAGUAUUUUCCCCAAUGGCAGAACUGUAUGAUCAUUUAAUUAGACAAUUUCUUGUUACAUAGACUUCUUUUUGCUUUGUAACCUUUGUAAUAGACUGUACAUAUAUUUUUGGAAAUAUAAUACAAUCUCUAUAGAAUU